GCUGUGAGCGGAUGUGAGCGCGGCAGGGCCGCGCCUUGUCUGCAGUGAGCGGGAGCGGAGCCAUCGCGGCUGCUCCGAGGCCACUGUCGUUUGUAAUAAGCUUGAAAAAUCCUGUCUGUACAAAUUGACUGAACUUCCACAAAGAUGUCCAAGCAACAGCCUGCCCAGUUUACCAAUCCAGAAACUCCUGGUUAUGUUGGAUUUGCAAACCUUCCCAACCAGGUUCAUCGGAAGUCUGUGAAAAAGGGCUUUGAGUUUACUCUCAUGGUAGUUGGUGAAUCUGGAUUGGGAAAAUCUACGCUAAUAAACAGCCUAUUCUUGACAGAUCUCUAUCCAGAAAGAAUAAUCCCAGGAGCGGCUGAGAAAAUAGAAAGGACUGUGCAGAUUGAAGCCUCAACAGUUGAAAUUGAAGAGAGGGGAGUAAAGCUCCGUUUGACAGUUGUGGAUACACCAGGAUAUGGUGAUGCCAUCAAUUGUCGGGACUGUUUUAAGACUAUCAUCGCCUAUAUUGAUGACCAAUUUGAGCGGUAUCUGCAUGAUGAGAGUGGCCUGAACAGACGGCAUAUUAUAGAUAACCGUGUCCAUUGCUGUUUUUACUUCAUUUCACCGUUUGGUCAUGGACUUAAGCCCUUGGAUGUUGAAUUCAUGAAAGCCAUACACAACAAGGUGAAUAUUGUACCUGUAAUUGCAAAAGCCGAUACGCUUACCUUGAAGGAACGGGAAAGACUGAAAAGAAGAAUUCUGGAUGAAAUUGAGGAACAUGGUAUCAAGAUUUACCACUUGCCUGAUGCAGAGUCAGAUGAGGAUGAGGAUUUUAAAGAACAGACCAGACUUCUAAAGACCAGUAUUCCAUUUUGUGUAGUGGGAUCAAAUCAGUUGAUUGAAGCCAAAGGUAAAAAAGUUAGAGGUCGUCUCUACCCUUGGGGGGUAGUUGAAGUGGAGAACCCUGAACAUAAUGACUUCUUGAAGCUGAGAACCAUGCUAAUCACCCAUAUGCAGGAUCUUCAGGAGGUGACCCAGGACCUUCACUAUGAGAACUUCCGCUCUGAGAGACUCAAAAGAGGCCCAAGGACAGUAGAAGAUGAAGAAGUGAAUAAAGACCAGAUUUUGCUGGAAAAGGAAGCUGAACUUCGUCGUAUGCAAGAGAUGAUUGCAAGAAUGCAAGCUCAGAUGCAGAUGCAGAUGCAGAGCGGAGAGGAAGAAAGUGCAGUACAUGGACACCAUGUAUAAAAUCUUGGUGUGUUCUCAUGCUCCAGAAUUCAUGUACUUCUGACAAAGCAUGUAUCGAUUUCAUACACAGACCAAGAGGAAGCAUUGCAUACUUGAGAGAGACAAUGUGAUGUGUUCAACAGGGAAAGAUGCCUUCUAGCCAACCUGUGACUUGGAAUUUAUUUUAGUUUCAUGUGACAGAUACAUUGUGGUAACUUUUUAAAUUUCGUAAUAAGUCAUAGUCAGUAUUUUAUACAUAAUAUGUAAUGUGUCUUUGCUUAUUUUAGUAAUUCUUAUAAUGAGCUCUUUUUCUGUUUCCUAAUAUAUUAGGGUUACACAUGGAUAUCCAGUCUUUCCUAAGCUGACUUAGUCAGUCUAUUUGUAUAGGUCACUAGUAAUGUUACUUUACUUCUUACACCUAGAAAUACUGGGUUUCAGUAAUAGCUUGUUCAGCAGUGCAAUAUUUGGCUAAUUAGGAAGUCCUUUAAUGCCAAGUUGUAUUUUUUGUUUCUUGCAGCAGUUACAGUUGUGUGCCUUUGAGACUCAGCCUUUUGUCCGCUUGUCUGGUGCAGACUAGCCAUUUCCUUGGCAUCACAAAUGUCUAAUUAAAAAUAAGAUAUGCUUUUUGUCUUAAUAAGAAAGAUGGAAUUGAGCAAAAAUGCUUUUGAGAGACACUCUAUACUUAAAAGGCAGCAGAUGUUAUCAUUCUCAAGUUUAUCUUAAGGGGAAAUAUCUUCUAGAUUCCAUUUACCUAUAGGCUCCCAUUUACUCCGCAGAAUAUUUUUUGGUUUUUUGUGAGCCACCACAAAACAGCCUUGUUCUUUUGGUGCCAUUACAGCAAUAGUAAAUUGGAAUAAUGCCCCCAAAAACAUGCCCUAGUUUUUCAGCAGCUUUCAAAACCUGGCAGGUGUUUUUUUUUAAAUGGAAAGGGAUAAAAUCUAGAGGAAAAAAGUUCUUGCUUAAGUUUUAGGCUAUUUUGAGGUCAUUGGAAACAAGCUAAUUGUAACAAAGAAAAGGUUUCAUAUUUCAGAUGGAAAUCUUGUACAGAAAGAUAAAGGGGCCCAUGCUCAAUAAAUCAAGAGACUGCUUUACUGACUACCUCAGUAAUGAAAGUGGCUAUAAUAAUUUUGUGGUGGCCCUGUGGUGGUGGUAGUGGGUGCCAGUCAGACCUUCAAUCCAAGGUCAGUUGUCUUGAUGCUGGUGGUAGAAGUCUUUGUGGCCUCUUCUGUUUUUUGCCUCAAUUUUCUCUGGUCCUUUUAUUUUGUGUGCAGUGCAUGAUGCAGCUAUUACAGCUCAUACCCACAAGCUGACAUAGUCAAAAGUCAUGUUCUCUGCUGAAUGACUAAUCUUGCCUUUUCUGCCUCGAGUGCCAAUUGGAUUUCCUAAUACGACGUACUACUGCAAAAUGUAGUUACCAGAGCAUCUGACAAUCAGCCAGUGCCAAAGGGCUAAUGCAAAUGGGCACCAUUGCAGAAUGUUGUUGCUAUAUCUGAGCUCAUGCACAGCAACAACCUUUUUAAAUUCAUUUUUCCAUCGUUUUGAAGAGAUGAGUAAUUUGACUUAUUCCUACAUCUAAUCUUUUUAAAUGCCCUGAACUCUUGCUUUAAUGAGAACUAAAUGACUAGUUUUAAAUGAGCCUUCCUGCUGAGCAGCUCAGAUGUUGAUCUAUUCUGGUAUUAGUAUUUACAAAUGUUUAUAUUCUGAGUAUCUUGUCUAAAUGCAAAAUAAAACUUGCCACCAUAACCUGUACUGCCUCCUAACCAACUGUCAUUCUUAGAGCUGUGCACAUUGCUACUGAUCUCUCUUGGUCUUGGCACACCAUGAGGGAAGCAAAAUCUUCGUUAGAUGCACAGAGGUGAUAAGUUCUUUCUUCCCAGACAGGUCGAUACCAAACUAAUAGGAAAAGAAAUUUUAAUUGUUUUAUAUUUUGCCUUUCUGUACAAAGAAAUAAAAUAUUACCAGGGGAAAAUAUUUAGCAAACUGCUUUACGGAAUAAGUUGUUAUAAAUAUACCAUAAAUAUCAGUUUUAAAUGUUACUGAAAGCAUGAGUGAAUAUUUUAAAGUACAUGACUACUUUUAAAAUGACCACUGGUAUACUGCAGCCAUAUACCUCUGCACUUUAAAGUUGCUCAAAUUACAUCUGUUACAUGUUCUGAGGUGUAGUCCAUCUUGCCAAGGAAAACUAUUCCAUAACAUUUCAGUAUGUUUUUAUGUUAGAAGUCAGUACUGUAAUAUAAACUGUAAUAAUACUCCUAACCAGUGUUAAAAAGAGAACUGUGAAAGCUAAUAUGUAUGCAAGGGAUGAGUACAUGUAUAACCCUAUGUGUACAUUAGUUUAAAUUACAUUGUUUUCCCUGUAUUCCCUUCUUAUGCUGAGUUCUGUUUGGAACAAAAAAACAAUUUUGUGAGUCUGCUAUGCAUUUAGUCCAGAAUUGCAGUUUGAUCUCUACCUGUGGAAUUGUCUUAUGCAAAGUCCUGACAUUUUAGGGUAGUAUAUGUAUGUUUAAAAACAGUUAACUUCAGUAGAGUUUUAUGGUUGGUUUUUAAGCAAAUAGUUUUAAAAUUACUAUUUCUAGAAUGGGAAAUGUUCUUACUUUUGCAGUGAAAGAAAGUGUAAGUUCAUACAACUUGCUAUUUAACUGAUUAAACUUUUAUAUGACGGUUAAUUACUUUCACCUACACUCCGCUGUUGUGGGGAUAAGACCUCUGUGUUUCUGUUGUUUUUAAUUUUUUAGGCUCUUGAUUGCAAUUGUCAUUGUUUUUAUCCAGUGACUUGAAAAAUUUAUUUUUAGUCUUUUAUAUCAUUUUCAAACUCCUUUUCAAUAUGAAGCAAAGCCACAUUGGAGGAAGAGAUACUUUGUAGUCAAAAAUAGAUGUUACAUGCUGAAUUAAAGCAUUUCCUGGCCCACUGAAAAGGCCACAGUUUGUUGGGUUUUUUUCUUUAAUAGGCAUAUAUCUUAGUUAUUUUAGGAGUCAAAAUACUACUAUAUUUGCAGUGCUUUAAAUAUGUGUACUAAAAGGGCUAAUCAUUAAAACAAAUUUUACUACUGUAUUCAAUUUUCUGUAUUCUAUCAUUAGCCAAGACUAUAAUAAAAAUACCAAAACAU